AUGCUUCACAUCUUUGACACCAUCGACUUGGCUGAAUAUGCGCUCAGUACGAUCUUCCGUCCCUCCGAAAAACCCUCUCCUGUUGCGGCAUCAUCUCCUCCACCAUCCGAAACCGAAUCCAAGGCUCCCAGUACUCCACAAGCAUCCCUUUUCACUUCCGACAAUAUCCUUUCUACUUUUCUCCCCAUCUCUCUUCCUCCCGACGUCGAUGAUGGUCAGCGCUUGUACAUGUCAUCCGACGAAGAGUGGCGCCGGUGUGACAAGCGUGCUCGGAACACCAUCCUUCUCAAUAUUGCCGAUCUGGCAAGUUUUGGUCUAGAGGGCCACGACGUUCGUUCCGCCGUCGACGUCUGGUCCCGCCUUCGUCUGGCAUUCGAAAUUCAAGACCCUGCUGUCGUCCAGCACAUGCGUUCCCAGAUCACUUCCACUCGCAUUGAUCCCUCUUCAACCUCCAUCACUUCCCACUUCAAGACUCUCUGGGCCUUUCGUGAUCGUGCCAAUCGUGCUGGUGCACGUUGGUCCGAGGCCGAAUUUUGGUCCCUUUCCUCUCAAUCAUUCCCUCUUCAAGGUCCCUUUGGUCCCGUUCUUUGGACACUUAUGUCCUGCCAGUCCUCUAUCCCUGCUGAAACUAUCCUCAUCGCCGCUGAAGAACACCUCAUCGUUGACGGCAUUAUCACUCAUAGCCUCUCCUCGACUCCGAACAUGCCUUCUGCCACAGCCCUUGUCGUCAACGGUCGUAACUUUCCCAAUUCUCGUCCCCGCUGCACGCACUGCAAGAAUAAUGGUCAUUUUGCAGAAGAUUGCUAUGAAGAUGGGGGAGCGGCUGCGGACUGUCGUCCAGAGUGGUGGUCAAGGAAGCGUGGUCUUCUUCCAGGUUCUAAUUCUCCUACUUCUCAUAUUUCUGGUAACUCUGCUACCCCUUCUGAUCCAUCUGCUACCCUGGCCAUUGGCCCUGUCACGCCGUUCUAA